UCAUCACCGGCGGAAAACAAUUUCAUCCACUAGCUCCACCUCAUUCUCCAUUCGACUGUAGAGAGAGUAUGUGUAGGGGGGGCAACAAGCUUUAUAUUCCCUUCUGCAGGCUGCAAGUCAACACACUAAAAAGCAUCUCUUCAAUCUCUGAAAAAAAGGGAGGAGUUGGGUUCUGGGCAAGCUACUGCACAAAGAGAGAAAACCAUCGAAAUCUGCAAGUAUUGUCUGGCACUGGAGAGGGAGAUGGAGGAGUGAAAGAUCUGAGCAACAGGGGUAAGCCUCUCCGGAUUUUCAAAGUGAUUGCCUGUGGGAGAGAAGUCGCCGCUUACAUCUGCAAUUAUCACGUCCAUUUAUCCAUUGAUGAAGGGUUGGUGAUGGUUACGCUUGAUGCUUUCUGUUAAUGGAGUGAUUCAGCUGUUUUUUCUUCAUAAAGGAGUCAUUAUGUAAAUCAAUUUUACCUCCUUUGUUUAUGUCUUUACGGAAAAGAUUUCUCAAGCCUGAACAGUGGGACAGCUGCAUGUUAGGUCUCCUGUCGAUGCUACCUGGAUUUGUGAUUUAUAAACCUGGAGAUGGAGAAAGACACUGUGUGUAAAUUGAGAAUGUUGAGAGUGGACUACUAAGAAACAGAAUUUGGGAAAGACGCGCCUGUCUUGACUAAAGUUAUUAUGGCUGAAGCACCCUCAACAGAAUCAGUUGCCCUGGGGCCAAAUAAAAAAAGUAAUGCUCAAGAGACCCCUCUUAAAAACACUAAGUCCAAAUCAUUGAAACCAUCAUGGAGAGAGCUCACCGUUUCCUUCAUUAUGAGGACCAAGGUCCAUGGUUUGAAGUUUAUCUUCUCUCCAGACAAGUCGAAACCACAGCGAGUCAUUUGGAUCAUGGCCUUCUUUCUUUGCAUAAGUCUCCUCGGCACCUGGUCUUUGAAUCGAAUCCACUACCUGAUGUCCUUCCCGGCUGUCACCAAGAUCUACAUGGUUUGGGCUCACAACAUGUCUUUCCCAGCUGUGACUAUCUGCAACAAAAACGUGUUCAGGGUUUCCACUCUGACCAGGGAGGACCUGUACCACAGCGGCUACUGGAUGGACCUCAUGUACCCCAAUCACACCGUCAUGGAAAAGAGCCUGUCAAUCCUCAGAGACAGCCACAAGCAGGGUCUCCUCAGCCUGCUGGACUUUAACAACUACAACCCCCACCCCGAUUACCGCAUCAACACCACUGAGAUGAUGGGACGCCUCGGUCACCAGUUGGAGGAAAUGCUGCUGGAGUGCAGGUUCCGCGGGGAUAUCUGCACCCACAAAAACUUCAGCACUAUUUACACACGCUACGGAAAAUGCUACACAUUCAACUCUGGGUUAGACGGAAACCCUUUGUUGACCACUUUAAAAGGGGGCACGGGGAACGGCUUGGAGAUCAUGUUGGAUAUUCAGCAGGAUGAAUACUUGCCUGUUUGGGGAGAGACAGAUGAGACCUCCUACGAAGCAGGCAUCAAGGUUCAGAUCCACAGCCAGGACGAGCCGCCCUUCAUUGACCAACUGGGAUUUGGUGUGGCCCCUGGUUUUCAAACUUUUGUGUCAUGUCAGCAGCAACUGCUUCAGUACCUUCCUCCGCCUUGGGGAGAUUGCAAGUCUACGCCCAUAGACUCUGAAUUCUUCUCCACGUACAGCAUCACCGCCUGCCGCAUUGACUGUGAAACCCGCUACCUGCUGGAGAACUGCAACUGCAGGAUGGUUCACAUGCCCGGAACCUCAACAGUUUGCACACCAGAGCAGUACAAAGACUGUGCUGACCCAGCUCUAGACUUUUUGGUAGAGAAAGACAACGAUUACUGUGUCUGUCAGACCCCCUGCAACAUGACUCGCUAUGGCAAGGAGCUGUCCAUGGUUAAGAUCCCCAGUAAAGCAUCUGCUAAAUAUCUGGCUAAGAAAUUCAACAAAACUGAGCAGUACAUUGGAGAAAACAUAUUGGUCCUUGACAUCUUCUUUGAAGCUCUGAAUUAUGAGAAAAUUGAGCAGAAGAAGGCCUAUGAAAUUGCAGGGCUCCUCGGUGACAUUGGAGGUCAGAUGGGGCUGUUUAUCGGAGCAAGUGUUUUAACAAUACUGGAAAUAUUUGACUACCUAUAUGAGGUGUUUAAGGACAAGGUCUUGGGCUACUUCAUACGCAAGAAACGGCCACAGCGUUGUCAGAGCGACAAUCUGGAGUUUCCAGAGAACCCAACCAGCCCUGGUGUCACGCCUAAUCAUGCCCCCAGAGCACCUGUGACACCCUCCGGAGUCACUCGGACAGUCUCGGAUUCACGCCGAACAUGUUACCUCGUCACCCGACUCUAGGCAACUUUGAGGAGUUUGCCUGUUGACAACAUAACAAGGAGGGGUAGUGGGAGGGGG